AAAUGUCCCGACAAAGAAGAAGAUCGAAAGAUUGUUCGCAUAACAUGGAUCUAACCAUAUCUAUUCCAUCAAUAACCGUCCGUUGUAUUUACCCCAUCAAUUAGACGCUAUUCACGUUCAGUCUUAGGAAGCGAACUCAAGGCAUCAGUGAUAAUUAAAUACAUAAAUACACCAGAGAACACCGAAACACAGAGAUGGAAGUCAAUAAAUAUUGCCAUAACUUCCUGAUGUUGCUGGUUGUACUCGGGCGCGUGACAGGAAGCCAAGUCUCCGGCUACUUUAGUAAAAUUCGUGGCAAUGUCGUCGACAAGAAGAACUGCUUCCUCAAGGUUCUCGCUUUGUCUGAGUUACAGAGCCAACGGCCACUUAUGCCUUGCGGCCUCUUUUGCCAGCAGACAGCCAACUGUCGUUUCUUCUGCACUCUGAAAAGCACGGGGCAGUGCGCCCUGUACAGUUCCUUCGUGGCCGUGCGGUGGCAGGGUGAUGCUCCGUCUUCAAGCACCACAACUUACGACGCUUGUUACACCUCUUGGGGAGACCCUCGUGACAUCGUGAAGACAAACUCGCCCUUCAGUUACUCCUCCGUCUACGCCGCACUCUACGAAACCGGCGGUACCGAUGGAUAUGCUUGCAGCGCUGGCCGGAGCUACUUCCUGUCUAACAAUCUGCCAUUCAGCUUCUCACAAAUUGACAUGGAACAGAUAACACGCGUUAAGGCAGUUAUCUUUGCUACCUCAUUUGCCUCAUACAACAUUGUAGUGGAUGUGUUUCUCAGCAACACAAGUGAUUAUUCCAUCGGUCAGAAAAUUGGGCGCGUACCAGACAACCCGCCUCCUGUGUCGACGAUAACUGUCGACACCAACACAAGCGUGGCAGGACAGUUUAUCACGUUUGUCUCGGCUCCUGCUGUUUUCUAUGGCUACGGCGAGGUGCAAGUUAUUCCACUGCCUUGAAUCUUUUCUGCCCGGUACACGGAGGGAGGGCAAAAUGAAUAAGAAAUUUUAUUAGUCACUCUACGCACAAUUAUUACGUAAACUGACCUCCGAUUUUUUGCCGUUAUUGAAACUGCUUAUCAAA